CAUUGGGGCGUUAGCCAACACUGCGUCGCGACGUUCGGUCGAAGAAACGCAAAGAAAACGGCAGUUUCGUUCCUGGAAAAAUUUGCUCCGUGUGAAUUUUAAUUAAAAUUUUUAAAUUUCUAUAUACCGCCAAUUGCGUGCGUGCAAAUUUAACGCACGGCGGAAUAACGUGCGCCGGUCGUUUUAACAAGUGCAAAAUUCAUCCAAAAUGUGAAUAGAAAGUGGCACAAAUCGCGCAAAAAAAUAAAAUAAAAGAAAGAAAUUGCAAAACAAAAACAAAAUGUGAAAUUGGAAAAUAGCUAGAAAAAAAUACAAAUUGCAAAUAUUAAUAAGAAUAAUCAUGCAAAUACACAAAUAUUUAUUAUAAUAACAAAUUCAAUGUUCUUGUUCUUCUACAAAUACAACAAACAACAACAGUUGUGAACUGCAACAGCUGCGCAACAACAUCAACUACAACAGCUACAACAACAACAGCAGCAGCGACAUCUACAACAGCUACAACAACAACAGCAGCAGCAGCAUCAUCAACAACUGCAAAAUACGAAAAAUUCACUCAAAACAAACGCAAUUCGUGUCACUGUGUACGUGCGUGUCUGUGUGCCUCUACGUCCGUGUUUGUGCGUGUCCCCUUGUAUGUGUGUGAGUGUGUGUAUGUCUCUCCGUAUCUCUUCUGCAUCUGUAUUCGUGUUUGUAUCUGUGUCUCCGUCACCGUCGUCGCCGCCGUCGUAUUAGAAUCAAUACAGAAGAAGAGCAAAGAGAGGCAGCAAAAAAAAAGAAAAAAGAAUAUAUCAAUUGAAAUCAUAACAAAUGUGCAAAUAACAAAUAUACAACAAAAAGAAAUACUAGAAAAUAUCUAAAAAUUUACCACAAUCGAAAUUUCUCACCACAAUUCCAACAAUACUUGUUUCAUCAUCUUGAGAAAAUGAGGUGCUGCUGUUGUGCAAAAAUAAAAAGCCAAGAACUAUGACGCAUCAAAAUCAUCAGACAAACGGCGCAAGUUUGGAGGAUUGCCAUACAAACUUCUAUGCCUUGACUGAUUUGUGUGGAAUAAAAUGGCGAAAGUUCGUGAAUGGCGAACGGCCAAAUGCAUCGAGUGAUCCUCUGGCCGAUCCGAUACUGCGAUCCUAUUCACGAUGCAUGCAGGCGGAUAUGCUGUGCGUGUGGCGACGCGUUCAAUCCACGAAGCAGGAUAACACCGAUCAGAAUGCCUUAAACUUUGAGAUUACCACAUCGACUACUGUACACCCGCCUCUAUCGCUUGCCGCCGCCAAGGAGCUGUGGAUCUUUUGGUAUGGCGAGGAGCCGGAUCUCAGUGAGCUCGUCGAUGCCGAGCUGCUAAAAGUAGCAGCAAAUCAAGCGCUUUGGAAUGGCACGUGGAAGGGUGAACUGACCUACGAGUGCCGCUCUCUGCUCUUCAAGGCGCUGCACAAUCUCAUGGAGAGAUUUGUACUCACCAAGGACAUUGUGCGCUUUGGCAAAUGGUUUGUUCAGCCUUGCACCUCAAGCGAUCGUCUCUUUGGACGCAGUUCGCAACACUUGUCCUUUUCGUUUACGUUCUUUGUGCAUGGCGACACGGUUUGUGCCUCCAUCGAUUUGCGGGAACAUCCUGCCGUGCGUCCCUUGACCAAGGAGCAUCUGGCCGAGGCGUCGGCAGCCUUCGCUGCGGCGAGUGGCCAAGGCAAUGCUUCGGCUUCCAAGGAUGCGGCAAAUGGUGGCGCAGCUGCUGCCACAACACCGUUGCCUGCCGCUUCGCCGCUGAUCGAGGCUGGAGCCGAGAAGCCAGCGACGACAUCGACGACGCCGGCACAGGCGAGGAAGGUGAUGUUGGCACCGUUUGGCAUUGCGGCAAUACUCACUGGGAACAGUUACAAGGCCAGCGAUCCCAUGGCCGAAAAGAUUCUCGAGGAUUGGGCAUCGUUUUUUCCGCUGUGCAAUAAGGACAACACGGAUGUGCCGCCAGUGGUCGAGGUGGUGUCGGGUGGUCAUAAGAUGUAUCACCCCACGAACUAUGUACUAGUCACAGAUCUGGACGACAUGGAGCAUAUGGAGUUUACCGAGAUGUACAAGGCGAAUGGCGGCAGCGGGGCAGCCGAACCAGCUGUGCUUGCGUCGCUCUCCUCGCCCGCAGCAGCCGCAAUGGCGCCAGCAACAACGCCAGCAGCGAUGCCAACGGCGGCCAUUAAAGAGGCGGCGAUUGUGGCGCCAUCUGGCGGCAAUACGAAUGGAAACUGUAACAACAACAAGAAGGCAACAACAACAAUAGGAACAACGACGACGCAGGCGAUGAGUGCGUUGGAACGUUUAACGUUUCAGCCGUACUACGAUCAGCGUCCGACAUCGGGAUUUACCUUCAAUACCAACAAUACUCACAUACCAGCAACGGCGGCCAUUGAAAUGCCUGAGCGUGCUUGGCAGGAUUGCAUCAUGAAUACACUGCAUGUGGAUGCCGCGGCGUCAGCGACGUCAGCGUCGGCAGCGAUUCCGGCAGAGGAAGAGGAUGUGAAGCAAACGGAUUCCAAGCAGCAUGUCCAGCAGCAAAUUCAACAGCAGCAGCAGCAGCAACAACAACAGCAGCGGCAAAAGCUGUGGAACUUUGUGGAUCCCAUGCAGAAAGCUCCUUGCAUAUGCACCAACGCACAAUGCAGCGGCGGCGGCAGCAGCAGCGCCGGCAGCAAGCAGCGUCAGCAGCAACAGCAGAGCAGUAGCAGCGGCGGCAAUUCGCCUGCACUGCGUGCUGCCAUCAGUGCUGCCAACAACAGUGGCAAAACGUCGUUCCAGCUCUAUCAGCAGCAACAACAACAACUACUACAACAGCAACAACAUCAUCACCAGCGACCUGCAGCAGCGUCUGUGGUGGGGGCGUCGUCAACGUCGUCGCAUCAUUCCAGUUCGAGUUCCAGUCUUGGCUGCUCCUCCUCAACAACUUCCUACUACUCCUCCUCCUCCUCAUUCUUCACAACAACAACUACUACUGCUGCUGGUGGCACAAGUCUCAAGCGUAAAAUUGUACCGUUUCACAAGCGCUUUCUACUCAAUUCUCAGACAGCGCUCAAACUUUACAACAACAACACUACUACAACAACAACAGACACCAAUAUACCAAAACAAAGACAUUUGGCCGCAUCGAGUGCAACGACACCACCCUGUGGCGGUGCGUCGAUAUAUUCAUCACGCAACUCGCUGGGCGGCGAUACAUCAUCGAUGCCGCCAGCGGUGACCUCCUCAUCGGUUGGAUCACCAGCGACGCCAGCGCCAUCUCCACAUCCGCAUCCCAACUCGGCACAAUCGCAGCCGACCUCAGUGCCGCCCGCUGAGCAACUGCUUAACAUGAGUCCGCAUGCGCCCACAUCCGUUUCGAAUCUGCAGCAGCCGCCCACGCCCAUCGAUCAUCUGCUGGACAAAAAUACGCCAGCGCCCACGCCCACGGAUCAGCACGAUAACAAGAGUAUAACCGCCUCCCCCUAUGUGCAUCAGACGCCCAGCGGGGAGCCGCCCGCCUACACAGAGCACGGCUCGAACGCGGGUGGCGCCAAUGCAGCAUCCGGCGAGCAGCAACCAGCGACGCCCACAUCCGGCAAUGCAACAUCCUCCGGCACAACGCCAGCAACAGUUGGCGCAGGAGCAGGAGGAGCAACGGCAGGUGCUGGAGCGGCAGCAGGUGGUGCAGCUGGUGUGCAGUGUGGCACAAUUAGCGUAAAGAAGCUGGAGAUGCAACCAUCAACAGCACCAACCUUAACGCAAAUCAAACAGGAGCCAGGCACAGUGGUGCAGCGAUCGCAACAGCAGACGGUGGCCACAAGCACGAUGGAGGCGGUGAGCAAUCUGCUUAAUUUGUACAAGACGCCGCAGCUGAAGCUCAAGGAUGUGGAUAGCUUUAGCGAGGAGUGGCUCAAGGAAAUCAUAUAUGACUUUAGCCUACAGGAGGCUUGGGACAAUUUGCCGGUGAUGCGACCCAAUCUCAAUGAAUCCGCCAAGCAAAAGCGACCACGAUACGCCAAAAACCUUUACGAGGGACACACGCACUUCAAGCCGCUGAUGCCGUCACCCGGAUCCGUCUACGGUUCGCUGCUCUCCAUCGAUGGCAAUGCCACGCAACCGUCGCAACUGGCAGCAGUCUCCGAUACAACCGGAGCUGCAGCUGGUGGCGGUCUGGUGGGCAUAGCCAGUUCCUUUGGAGCAACAGCCGCCGGUGGAGGAACGGGAACGGGACUCAAUAGCGGAAGCAACGAUGAGGCGGACAGUGCGCUCAAUGCGGCAGCUGGCGGUGGCAACAGCGGGAGCGCAGCUACGGCCAGCAGCUUCUUUCCGGGUCUGGACAUUAAGACGGAGCCCGGUUUGCAUUCGCCCUGCAAGGAGUCCAAGUCAACGAAUCUCGCUGGCAGCGGCGGCAAUCUCUUCACCGCCGAAGGACUUAAUCCCACGCUCGACGAUCUGGAGCAGAUCUUCGACACGAGCUCCAAUGAUGAGUGCAGCAGCGUGCAGAUUCAUACGCCACCCGACUCCAAUAAUCCCUCGAAUGGCGGUUGCAGUGCGGUGACAAAUACGAUUGAUGAACUCAAGCGUAGCACUGCGGUGGCAAGUGCUGUGGUCGCCGCUGUGGUUGCCAGUUCGGGGGCGGGCAGCAUACAAGCGGAGGAUUUGACCAAAAUGUUUCCAACGCCGCCGUCCCAUGAGCAACAACAUCCCAAUUCCAGUCCCUGCCAAACGGACGUUGUCAUGACGGAUCUCAGCGUGGACACGAGCAGCGUUGGCGGCGUCUCCAACAAUAACAACAACAACAACAACAACAACAAUAACAACAAUAGUAAUAGCAAUAACAACAAUAAUAACAAUGCUAGCAAUAAUGGAGGAGGCGCUGCACUUGCUCUCGGUGUUGUGCUCAAGCUGACGAAGCAGGAGUACAACGUGGAGCUGGGAAGUCCCGUGGAGGAGCCCAUCCACGACUGGAACUACGUGUACCGACCGCCGCAGCAGGAGAAGUUCGUGGGCAGCUCACGCUAUGCGCCGCUCACGAAUCUGCCCAGUCAAACGCUCCCCGCACUCGCCAUGCCCGCCAAUUGUUACUACAAUCCCACCUGGAGUCACAGUCAAAAGUCACGCGCAGCCACUUUGGCCAAGGCGGCGGCAGCUCAACAACAACAGCAACAACAUCAGAAGCAUCAACAGCUGCAGCAGCGCAUACAACAGCAUCAGCAACACCAGCAACAACAGCAGCAGCAGCAACAACAGCAGCAACAACAACAGCAGCAGCAACAUUCGCAUCAGAAGCAUCAGCAGCUGCAUGAUUUGUUGGCCGCUGGACCUCGGACUCCCAUGAUGAACACGGCGAUGCCGUCGCCAGUCUCCACAGUCCCCCAACCGUUGAGCAGCGGUGGCAGCCAGCUGCUGUUGAAUCAGCUCAACUGUCCGCAAGCGCCGCCCGGCAGCUCCAUGCAACAGAUGAUGCAACGCGCUGGGAUGUCACCCAUGCCUCCCUCACCGGCAGCUGCCGGGUUAGUGCCCUUCCCACGCAGCAGUCCCAUGCAUCACAAUGCUGGGAAUAUGCGUCAGACACCCACACAUCCGCCACCGCCGUAUCCCUACGAGCUUGCAGCAGCGAGUCCGGCGACCUCAACAUCCUCCACGUACCUCAACAAGCCGUACAACUCGCAGGAUGCGCACACGCCGCACGCACAAUUCGGACACCAAAUGCCUGGCGGCGAUAAGCUCGCCAUGAUGCAAUACGGCGCAGGAAGUGGAGGUGCUAACAAUGCGGGAGGUGCGGUUGCCUCGGCUGUGGCAGCUGCAAUGGGUUUGCUGCAGGAGCUGCCCGAGGUGAAUUCGGUGCUGGUGAACAUUUUGCUGUACGACACCGCGUUGAAUGUAUUUCGGGAUCACAACUUUGACAGCAGCAGUGUUUGUGUGUGCAACGCCGAUGCCCAGAAGAUUGGCAACAUUCGCGGCGCGGACUCAGGGGUUUAUGUACCGCUCCCAGGGAGCAGUUUCAAUCCGUUUCCCACGCAACAGCGACUGCUCAAUGGACCGAGUGGCGCAGCAUUGGCAGCGCCAAACAACUCCUCAUCCGCCUCCUCCUCCUAUGGCAUGCGUAUGCUGAGCUCCUUUGGCGGCGGGCUGGACUCGCCGGCAUUGCCCGCACCCAACGGGGGUUCGAGUGGUUCCAGUUCGUGUACACCGCCCAGCAGCAACCCGCACAUCACCGGCUACGUGGACGACGAUCCCGUCGAGUGCACCUGCGGCUUUAGUGCGGUGGUCAAUCGUCGACUCUCUCAUCGUGCUGGUUUGUUCUACGAGGAUGAGCUGGAGAUCACGGGCUUUGUCGAGGAUCCGGGACGUAAUAAACAACCCACGCUGCUCAGUCUCAUACAGAGUUUGUGCCGGAAGAGCGUGAAACCUGGAGCUUCGGAAUUGUCCACGGGCAGGGAACUGGAGAAGGUGACAUCGGGAGGAGCGGGAGCUAGUUUAGCGGUCGCUGAGCAACUGGCGCAUGCCAUCUUCGAUCUGCUGCUGGAUCAGUGCUCCAUCAUACAGACGUCGAGCAGUUCGGUGCAUCGGGCGUUGCAAUCGCAUCGACGUCGCAUGUCCCGACAGCGGCGGCUCUUCGGCAACAGCGGUGCACCGACCGCAUCGAUGGAGUCCAUUGCGAAUGUGCUCGAGUUCACCGAUGCCCACGAUGUCAUAAGUCUGGCGCUGGAGCAGGCGCGACUGGCUUUCGAGGAGCAACGCCUGGACAUGAAUAUGCUCGAGUUCGGGCACAAUCAACAGCAGCACAAUUCGCAGCACUCGCAGCAUCAUCAGCAGCAAUCGCAUCCGCAUCAACCCUCACAGCCGGGACAACAGUUGAGCGCCUUCCAAGCGGCGCCCGCGUUGAGGCAGAAACUCCACGCUUUGGGCAGCGGUCGUCUGACGGUGCACAAGUGGCCGUAUCUCCCGGUGGGUUUCACACGUAGCAACAAGGAAAUCGUCCGCACCAUGAACGCCAUUCAGCCGAUGCUGCAGAGUGCCUUCCACUGUAAGUCGCGCGGCGGCUCCGCCGGCUCUAAGGAUGCCAGCUCCUACAACACGGUGAGUGGACCGCUCACCUGGCGGCAGUUUCAUCGUCUCGCCGGACGUGCGUCGGGUCAAUGUGAACCUCAGCCGAUCCCUUCGGUCGUGGUGGGUUACGAGAAGGAUUGGAUCUCGGUGGCACCGCAUUCCAUACACUAUUGGGACAAGUUUCUGCUGGAGCCUUACUCCUAUGCUCGGGACGUCGUCUAUGUCGUGGUGUGUCCGGAUAAUGAGCAUGUUGCGGCGCACACUCGGACUUAUUUCCGUGAGCUGAGCAGCACCUACGAGAUGUGCAAACUAGGGCGGCACACGCCCAUACGCGGCUGGGAUGGUGUGCUCCAAGUCGGAGCACCCAACAACAAUAACAACAACAACGGAGCUCCUGGGGAACGUGAGACACCGCUGGAUGACUGGCUUCGCACGCUGGAGCAUGCGCCGCUUGCAGAUCAAAUCCGACGCUAUGCCAUGGCCUUUCUCUAUCAGCUGGCGCCGUAUUUGAGUCGGGUGCCCAACGAUAAGACGUUGCUCAAUCCACCCGAUGCCAGUGGCAGUCACCAGGGCAGCAAGGGACAGUCGGGGAAUGCAACGCAGUCACAGACGGGCGCCUCAGCGCCUGGCACGGAUCAUGCUAGCGAUGGCACUACGCUUAUCAAGCUCGAGCCUGGCACAGAGCAGACGACGACGACGGGGCAACAGGAUCAACAGCAGCAACAACAGCAGCAGCAGGAUAGCAAGCAGGAUGUGAAGCCGGGUGUGGCGGGAGCUGGAGCAGGCGGCGCUGGCGCCGAUGCCAAGCCAGCUCUCGUGCUCGGCGAUCCGCUGGGCAUGGGCGAAACCCUCGAGGAUAUAAAUCCCUCCGCGAUUGUGUUGUACGUGGUCAAUCCCUUUACCUUUGCCUCGGACAGCGUUGAGCUGGAGCGUUUGGCCUUGAUUGCGCUGUUGCGUUGCUAUGCGGAACUGUUGAAAGCGGUGCCCGACUCGGUGCGCGCCCAGAUGAACAUACAGAUCAUCUCGCUGGAAUCGAUCAUGGAGCUCGGUCCGGCGGGCAACCGACGUCGCUUCUCCGAUGAGAUCAAGUGCCUGGCACUCAACAUAUUCUCGCAGUGUCGUCGGCAUUUGGUGCAUGCGCAGCCGGUGAAGAGUCUGACGGGCUUUGGCACCGCCGCCAACAUGGAGGCGUUCCUCAAGACCAAGGAUGAACCCAACCGGAGGGCGUACAAAAUGUACACAGCGCCCUUUGUGUUGGCGCCGAUGCAUGAGCGGAACGACAAGACGGACUUCUCCAGGGCAGCGGGAAGCAUGCACGGUCAGAAUGAGACUCGCUAUUCGGUGAUGUAUUGCAAUUACUGUCUGAGCGAGGAUCAGGCUUGGUUGCUGGCCACCGCUACCGAUGAACGGGGCGAACUCCUCGAGAAGGUCUGCAUCAACAUCGAUGUGCCGAAUCGUGCGCGACGACGCAAAGCUCCGGCUCGUUAUGUGGCAUUGCGUAAGCUGAUGGACUUUGUCAUGGGUCUUAUAUCGCAGACGUCGCAAAUGUGGCGUCUGGUCAUCGGACGCAUCGGUCGCAUUGGGCACAGCGAACUGAAGUCUUGGAGCUAUUUGCUGAGCAAGCAACAGCUGCAGAAGGCUUCGAAGCAGUUCAAGGACAUGUGCAAACAGUGUACGCUCAUGUAUCCACCGACCAUUCUCAGCGCGUGUCUUGUCACACUCGAACCGGACGCCAAGUUGCGUGUGAUGCCCGAUCAGUUUACGCCCGACGAACGCUUCUCACAGAUCUCAAUGCAGAAUCCGCUCUCCACGCCACAGGACGUGACCUGUACUCACAUCUUGGUCUUCCCCACGAGUGCUGUUUGUGCGUCCUUUACACGCCAAUUCCAAAACGAACCGCCGGUGGAAGAUGAUUUCAUCUUCGGCGAGGGCGAAGAGGGCAACGAGGACUUUAGCGAUGCCGACAUCGGAGAUCUCUUCUGGGACUCUCACAUGGAUCGCGUUUCGAAUCACGGCAGUCCAGGUCGCAUGGAGGACAAUCGCAGCUGGCAAAGUCCCGGCGGCAACAACUUCAAGUGCACGCCUCCCCAAGAAGUCGAGGAGGUGGGAUCGCUGAAUCAGCAACCGAUAUCGGUGGGUUAUAUGGUGUCCACAGCGCCAACAGGUCGAAUGCCCGCCUGGUUCUGGUCGGCAUGCCCGCAUCUCGAGGAUGUGUGUCCAGUCUUCCUAAAGACGGCGCUGCAUUUGCAUGUGCCCAACAUACAGAUUGCCGACGAUAUACUCAACUCGACCAAUGCCCAUCAAUCGGCCAACGAUCAUCCGCUGGACUCAACGCUCACCGCCGACGUCCUUCGCUUCGUGCUCGAGGGCUACAAUGCACUCUCAUGGCUGGCACUCGAUUCGAAUACACACGAUCGUCUCUCCUGUCUGCCCAUCAAUGUGCAGACGCUGAUGGAUCUUUACUAUCUAACAGCGGCCAUUGCGUAGGCAGCAUCAACAGAACAGCACACAUAACAGAGCAGUAACAGUAACAGUAGCAAUAACAGUGGCAGUAAAUGUAAACUGCAGUCGUAAUAUUAACAGUAACAGUCGCAUGCUUCCGUUUGCUGUACUUCCAAAAAGAAAACAAAAAGAAAAACAAAAACAAAUAGCAGAAAUCCACAAGUGCUAUAAUUAAAAUACAAACAUAGAAUAUGAAUGAAAUCCAAAUGAAACCAAAAAGAAACAACACCAAGCAACCAAAACCAGCAAUGGCAAAAACAAAUGAAAAAAUGAAGUUAACAGUCCAAGAAGAAAAGUAAAAGCGCGCGGUAACAGUAAAAGUCGCUGCUGCGAAACCAUUUUUGAACAGCAACAACGCACACAACAAAGAGAAGAACAACAACAACCAUACAGAGUUACAGUUUUAGCGCGUAUUAAAAACAACAACAACAACACGAGAGCCUUGUAAUUAAAAACAGCAGCAGCCUUACAGCCUUACAACAACAGCAACAACAGCACAGGGUGUGUGCGAUAGAUGGAACGAUAGAUCGAUCGAUCGAUAGAUAGUUAUCGAUUGAUUUGAUGAACCGAUGAUUAAGCGACUUACCCGUUAAGUCUUGUGUAGCAACAGCAUUACUAUUUAUUAAUAUAUAUAUUGAGAAUUGUAUAGUGCGAGAAUUGUUUUUUUUAGGCUGGCGUUCGUUUUAGUGUUUAAUAUUUAUACAUAUACAACAACAACAAAAGAGAAAUGGAAAAAAAAAUCCACAUCAAGAAAAACAAAACAAAACAACCACACAUAGGGGCGUAUUUAUAUAUAUUAUAUACUUAGGUUCAUAUAUACAAUUAAUUAAGCAAAGAAAACAAAAACAAAACAAAAUUAGUUAAGCAGCAAUGAGAAAGAGAGGAAGCAAAUUAAACAUAUUUAGCGAGUAAGUAAAGAAAAGUUUGUACAUAUUUACAACCAAUUUGCCGUAAGCAUUAAGAACAACAACAACAAACCAACAACAACAACAACAAUAAUAAUUAUAUAUGAAAAAAUAAUAAGCAUAUUAACAUAAAUUAAAACUAAAUAAACAAACACAACGUAUAAUUAUACAAAAAAAGGAAAACGUAGCUUACAAAAACAAAAAAAAAAACAAAAACCUAAUUAAAUCGUAAAUUAAAUUAAUAAAUUGUGUAAAUUUUUUGUGCAAAGCGAGCAUUAGUUUAAAUUAUUAUAAAAAUGCAACAACAAAUUAAUGUUAAAGCGACAACUCACACACACACACAAACACUUAUACAAAGACACUCACACAUACAAACGGACAAAGCGGAACACACACAGACAUAUAUACAAAAGGAAACAGUAUACUGUACAUGCAUAUAUAACAAUUAUAUAUAUACUAUAUAUAGAAAGAGCGAUAUAUAAACAAUUAUAUCUGGACGCUAAGCGCAGAUCAGAAGAAGAAGAAGAGCAUGAAGGGGCGGGAGCUGGGGUUUUAUGGUAUAAGGGAAAAGUAAAGUCAGUAAUUAGAUUGAGCGACAGUUUAUUGUAAAUUGCGUUUAUUUGUUGACAUAGGCAACUUUUGUACUUCGCACACACACACACGAACACAGACACACACACACACACAUCCACAUAGCCAAUUGUUUAACAAUAAAUUACUUAAAAGCGAAAUAUGUGUACAAAUUAACAUAAUAAUGUGGUUACAAAGAAAAGCUUUCUACACACACACACACACACACAUACAAAACACAUACACUCACACACUUGAAGAGAAUUUCAUUUUUUAUAUAGCACGUUUCAAGAUUUUCGCUAGACUUAAGUUUUGCAUCAACUAAACGAAAACAACAACAAAUAAUUAAACAAUGAAAUUAUUUUUACCUGUGUAUUUUAAUUAGCAUAAUUUAUCAACAAAGCGAAACAACAACAAAAAGUACUAUUACAAAGACGUUUUUAAACAGAACAGAUUUACAUUUAAGUAGUUUGGUUUUUCAUUUAGUAUUCUAUUUUUUUUGUGUAAUAAACAAACAAUGAUUUGCAAUUUAUUUUCGUAUUAUUUCGUUUUUCUUUUCUCUUUGUUUUUAAGUCUUCGCUCAGGUCCAGUUCACAUAGUUAGCGGAUCAGUCAUAUCUAUAAAGCAUCAUUAAAAAAGAAAACCAAAAAAAAAAAGGAAAUACAAAUAAAACGAUGCACGCUGUACAUAAAAAA